GCGGCCGGCGCGGGGCUGAGCUGACAGGGCCGCAGAGGCUUACCCCGCCUCACUUUAUCGGAACGUGCCUAAGCUGCUGCAGCUGGCACCCGGCUGCGCUCGGCGAAGAGGGCUGGGGGCGGGAGAUGACGGUGGUCCUCUCCCUGCUUGGCACCCUGCGAGCACCAGCUCCCUUCUCCUCGCCACCCCAAGGUUGCAGACGAAGCAGGUACUGUCCUAGAUGUUAAGGACACAACAUUGAGCAAAAACAUGCAUAGUCCCGGCUUCCGUGACACUUGAGUGAACUGAAUGUGCAAAGUCCCUAUGGCACAAAGUUCCUGGGGCCAGUGUGUGUGGCUGGUAUAGAAGGAGCUAAAGAGAUCUGGUUGGAGUUGGAGGGUGAGAGAAAAUGAAUUCUUUUUCUAAUUUACCUGGAGAGAACUUAACCACUGCAGUCAAUAUGACCAAGACUUUGCCUACAGCAGUAACGCAUGGAUUUAAUUCCACUAAUGACCCACCCUCAAUGUCAAUUACAAGGCUUUUUCCAGCCUUACUGGAAUGCUUUGGCAUUGUCCUUUGUGGCUACAUAGCAGGAAGGGCCAAUGUCAUAACAUCAACACAGGCCAAAGGACUGGGAAAUUUUGUCUCCAGAUUUGCACUUCCAGCUUUAUUAUUCAAAAACAUGGUUGUACUUAAUUUUUCCAAUGUGGACUGGUCCUUCCUAUACAGUAUCUUAAUUGCCAAAGCUUGUGUAUUUUUCACUGUAUGUGUAUUAACCUUAUUGGUUGCCAGUCCUGAUAGUCGAUUUAGCAAAGCUGGACUAUUCCCUAUUUUUGCUACACAAAGUAAUGACUUUGCAUUGGGAUACCCUAUAGUUGAAGCUUUAUAUCAAACUACAUACCCAGAAUAUCUCCAGUACAUUUAUUUGGUGGCACCAAUAUCUCUUAUGAUGUUAAACCCUAUAGGGUUUAUCUUCUGUGAAAUCCAAAAGUGGAAAGACACUCAAAAUGCUUCUCAAAACAAAAUAAAAAUUGUGGGACUCGGACUCCUGCGUGUAUUACAGAACCCAAUAGUAUUUAUGGUCUUCAUUGGCAUCGCCUUCAAUUUUAUUCUUGAUCGAAAAGUACCUGUAUAUGUCGAAAAUUUUCUUGAUGGACUUGGAAAUUCUUUUUCUGGAUCAGCCCUAUUUUAUCUUGGUCUCACGAUGAUGGGAAAAAUAAAGAGACUGAAGAAGUCAGCAUUUGUUGUACUAAUUCUUCUCAUCACAGCUAAACUGCUGGUGCUGCCACUUCUGUGCAGAGAAAUGGUGGAACUCUUGGACAAGGGCGACAGUGUGGUGAACCAUACAAGUUUAUCAAAUUAUGCAUUUCUGUAUGGUGUCUUUCCUGUAGCACCAGGAGUGGCUAUCUUUGCAACACAGUUCAACAUGGAAGUAGAAAUUAUAACCUCAGGGAUGGUGAUAAGCACGUUUGUGUCUGCUCCCAUCAUGUACGUUUCUGCCUGGUUACUGACCUUUCCCACUAUGGACCCUAAGCCGUUGGCAUAUGCCAUCCAGAAUGUUAGUUUUGAUAUAAGUAUUGUCAGCCUGAUCUCCUUGAUCUGGUCUCUGGCUAUUCUUCUUUUGAGUAAGAAAUAUAAACAGCUUCCUCAUAUGCUUACAACUAAUUUACUCAUUGCUCAGUCUAUUGUCUGUGCUGGAAUGAUGAUAUGGAAUUUUGUUAAAGAAAAAAAUUUUGUUGGACAAAUUUUGGUGUUUGUUCUAUUGUACAGCUCCCUCUAUAGCACCUACCUGUGGACAGGCCUUCUAGCAAUUUCUUUGUUUCUUUUGAAAAAGCGAGAGAGGGUACAAAUUCCUGUUGGAAUCAUCAUAAUAUCUGGCUGGGGAAUUCCUGCUCUCCUUGUUGGUGUUCUUUUGAUAACUGGAAAACACAAUGGAGAUAGCAUUGACUCAGCCUUCUUUUAUGGAAAAGAACAGAUGAUCAUCACAGCGGUCACCCUGUUCUGCAGCAUCCUGAUAGCUGGCAUAGCCCUCAUGUGCAUGAACCGGACUACCCAAGCAGGAAGCUAUGAAGGUUUCGAUCAGUCUCAGAGCCACAAAGUGGUGGAGCCUGGAAAUACUGCUUUUGAGGAGAGUCCAGCGCCAAUAAAUGAACCAGAACUUUUUACAAGCUCUAUUCCAGAAACAAGUUGCUGCUCCUGCUCCAUGGGAAAUGGUGAAUUACACUGCCCAUCAAUAGAGCCAAUAGCAAACACAAGCACCAGUGAGCCUGUGAUUCCUUCGUUUGAGAAAAACAAUCAUUGUGUGAGUCGCUGUAACUCCCAGAGCUGCAUAUUAGCCCAGGAAGAAGAACAGUAUCUACAGAGUGGAGACCAGCAACUGACCCGACAUGUGUUGCUGUGUUUACUUCUCAUCAUUGGCCUGUUCGCUAAUCUUUCCAGUUGUUUAUGGUGGCUAUUCAACCAAGAGCCUGGAAGACUUUAUGUUGAGUUACAGUUUUUCUGUGCCGUGUUUAACUUUGGUCAGGGAUUUAUUUCCUUUGGAAUCUUUGGAUUAGAUAAACAUUUAAUCAUCCUGCCUUUCAAAAGAAGACUUGAAUUCCUAUGGAACAAUAAAGAAAUAGCAGAAAACAGGGAUUCUCCUGUUUCAGAGGAAAUAAAAAUGACCUGUCAACAAUUUAUCCAUUAUCACCGUGACCUCUGUAUCCGAAACAUUGUCAAAGAAAGAAGGUGUGGUGCAAAGACUUCUGCUGGAACUUUCUGUGGCUGUGACCUGGUGAACUGGCUAAUUGAAGUCGGCCUUGCCUCCGACCGUGGUGAAGCUGUGAUAUAUGGAGACAGGCUGGUACAAGGGGGAGUCAUCCAACAUAUUACCAAUGAGUAUGAAUUCCGGGAUGAGUACUUGUUUUACAGAUUUCUUCAAAAGAGUCCUGAACAGAGUCCUCCUGCUAUUAAUGCGAACACUCUCCAACAGGAAAGAUAUAAAGAAAUUGAGCAUUCAUCCCCACCCUCACGUUCCCCUAAGACCUAAAUUAUGAAGGGGAGAACCCUACAUGGAAUCAUAUUCUAGCUGCAUAUUCAUUAGUUUUUAGCUGGGUGACCUUGGGCAAGUUAACAGAGGCAACCUCUCUGAGCCUCAGUUGUCUCUUCUGUAAAAUGUGACAAGAUGUGUUCCCACCACAUGCUCAGGGUCUGUGAUUUUACAUGUAUGUAAAACACAUAGGAAGCUGACUUAGGAAAAAGAGAAAACCAAAUUAAAGUUCUGAUAAUGAAUAUAAUAUAGUCAUCCUUCAGUAUCCAAGGGGAUUGGUUCCAGGAUUCCUGAAGAUCCCAAAAUCUGAGGAUACUCAAGUCCCUUAUAUAAAAUGGUGUAGGCCGGGCGUGGUGGCUCACGCCUCUAAUCCCAGUACUUUGGGAGGCCCUGAGGCAGGUGGAUCACCUGAGGUCAGGAGUUCAAGACCAGCCUGGCCAACAUGGCGAAACCCCGUCUCUACUGAAAAAUACAAAAAAUUAGUUGGGCGUGGUGGCGGGUGCCUGUAAUCCCAGCUACUCAGGAGGCUAAGGCAGGAGAAUUGCUUGAAUCUGGGAGGCAGAGGUUGCUGUGAGCCGAGAUCGUGCCACUGCACUCCAGCCUGAGCAACAGAAAAAGACUCCGUCUCAAAAAUAAAAUAAAAUAAAAUAAAAUAAUUAAUAAAAUGGUGUAGUAUUUGCAUAUAACCUAUGCACAUUCUCCCAUAUAGUUUAAUCAUCUUUAGAUACUUAUAAUGCCUAAUACAAUGUAAAUGCUAUGUAAAUAGUUGUUAUACUGUAUUGUUUAGGGAAUAACAAUAAGAAAAACAGUCUGUACAUGUUCACUACAGAUGCAACCAUUGUAAGCCUAACUACAUUUUUUUUAUCUGCAGUUGAUUGAAUCUGUGGAUGUGGAACCUGUGCAUAUGGAGGGUCAACUGUACUAUAAAUAAUACGAACAUGUCAACAUUAUACAAUCAUUGCUUUCUGCAACUGUUUACUAUAAUUUCAAAAUUAGCAUCCUAUUAACUGUUCUUUAAAUUAUCAAAUUUGGCAAGUAUAUCGCUGGCAGGAAAUGGACCUUAAAUUAUGACAGCUUUACAUUUUUUGGUAGUAUCUCUUGAAAAAGAAUUUUAAUGAUUCUAAUAAGAGGUUCUUUUUCUUUUUCCAUUUCCUUGACAAAUAGUACUCAUUUAAAAACUAGAGGGCCAGGCGUAGUGGCUCACGCCUGUAAUCUCAGUACUUUGGGAGGCUGAGGUGGGCAGAUCACUUGAGGUCAGGAGUUCGAGACCAGCCUGGGCAACAUGGUGAAACCCGGUCUCUACUAAAAAAAAAAAAAGAAAGAAAAAAAAAAGAAUACCCGGGUGUGGUAGUGCAUGCCUGUAGUCCCAGCUACUUCGGAGACUGAGGUGGGAGUAUCCCUUGAGCCUGACAGGCGGAGGUUGCAGUGAGCCAAGAUCACAUCACUGCACUUCAGCCUGGGUGACAGAGCAAGAUCCUGUCUCCAAAACAAAAAACAAGCAAAAAAAACCUAGAAGCACUAUUUUUUUUUUAAGUUUGUCUUUUCUUUUCUACCCAAAUUACUAAUCUAUGCCAUUAAGGAAAGGAGUAAGAACCUCCAUAUGUAUUAUUAUCUCCACAGUCCUUCUGCAGAAGUACAAUCUGAUCUUUAACUUUUAUGCUACAAAUAAUAAUUUGAGCAGAUUAAUUUGAAUUUUAUCAACAAAAUUAUUGCCAUAUGGUGUAUCAUUUCUGUAUUUGAACAAAGCAUCAUAAUGCAGGGUAACUCUUCUACUUUAUUCCCUGCAGUUAAAAAAAAUAAAAACUAUAUAGUUCAAGCCAAUAUUUAAAAAUUCUAAACCUGGGCUUGGGCAUGGUGGCUCACACCUGUAAUCCCAGCACUUUGGGAGGCCGAGGCGGGUGAAUUGCUUGAGCCCAGGAGUUCGAGACCAGCCUGGCCAACCUGGUGAAACCCCAUCUCUACUAAGAACAAACAAAAAAACUUUGCCAGGUGUGGUGGCGUGCGCCUACAAUCCCAGCUACUCAGGAGGCUGAGGCAGGAGAAUUGCUUGAAACCAGGAGGCAGAGGUUGCAGUGAGCUGAGAUUGUGCCACUACACUCCAGCCUGGGUAACAGAGUGAGACUCUGUCUCAAAAAAAAAAUUCUAAAGAUUACAUUUAGAAUUCAGUCUUUUUAAAGUGUCCGUGUAUAAAAAUAUAUAAUUUUUAAAAUUACUAAAUGUUGCCUUCUCUCUUAGUCUAUUAUUUUGGCUACUAUAACAAAAUAUCAUAAACUGGAUAGCUUAUAAACAACAGAAACUUAUUUCUCACAGUUUUGGAGGCUGUGAAGUCCAAGAUUAAGGCACCAACAGAUCUGGUGUCUGGUAAGGCAAAUUUCUGGCUCACAGAUGGUACCUUCUUGCUGUGUCCCCACAUGGUGGAUGGGAAGAACUUGUCUCAUCGGCCCCUUAUAAGGGCAUUAAUUCCACUCAAUAGGGCUCCACCCUCAUGACCUAAUAACCUCUCAAAGGCCCUACCUCCUAAUACUAACACAUUGAGGAUGUGACUUCAACUUUACAUUUCUACAGGCAGAGAAGGGGCGGCUGUGUAAAUUCUUCCCAUCAGUACUUGAAUGUUCAUUUAACAAAUAUUUAUUGAGCAUCUAACAUGUUCCAGACACAAUCUGAACACUGAGCACACAACAGUGGGAACAAAUAUGAUUCCUGUCCUCAUGGAGCUUCUAUUCUCCUGUGAAAAACAGAUGUUAAACAUGAUUGAGGAUUAGGUUUCAACACAUGAAUUCUAGGAGGACAUAGACAGACCAUAGCAUCUUCAGAUAAACUUUAUCUUCAGUAAAUUAAAGAGAUCUAUUUAGAUGACCUUUGAGCAUCUUAAUUAUUAGAUGUCAGUGCUAGUUUAACUUAUUUUAAACAUGUUUCAGAUAUUUAUUUAAUUAUACUUUUAGUGUCUCAUAUGUAAAAAACUUAUUUAUAAAAUAAUUUAUCGGGUUAGAGUCAUUGCCCUUUUAAUGCAACAAAUAAUUUUUUAAAAACCUGCAUGGGGGCCAGGCACAGUAGCUCACGCCUGUAAUCCCAGCACUUUGGGAGGUCAAGGCCGGCGGAUCACGAGGUCAGGAGAUCGAGACCAUCCUGGUUAACACGGUGAAAUCCCGUCUCUACUAAAAAUACAAAAAAUUAGCCAGGUGUGGUGGCGGGCACCUAUAGUCCCAGCUACUCGGGAGGCUGAGGCAGGAGAAUGGCAUGAACCCGGGAGGUGAAGCUUGCAGUGAGCCAAGAUCACGCCACUGCACUCCAGCCUGGGCGACAGAGUGAGACUCCGUCUCAAAAAAAAAAAAAAAAAAAAAAAAAAAAAAAAACCUGCAUGGAAGCCUAGUAUAUUUAUUAAUAACAAAUAAAUUAUACUUUAGUGUACUAUUGUACUAUUAACCUAUACCAAUUUUAAGUUGUGAUUAGGGGGAAUGGGGAUGUUUUUAAGCUGAACUGUCUUGCUGCGGAACUUUCCUUUUUUUUUCCUUUUUCCAUAUUAUGACUGAAUGCUCAGGGGUAAGCCUAAGGCCUCAUUGCUGUUACCAGGAGAUUUUUCUAGUUACAGUAAUAAAGAUGUUAAUUCACAUGCAUGCAGACAACUGAAACUCAAGUGGAGAAUUUGUUUGUGAAUAAGUCAUACUACUUCUGUUAUUUGCACGAAUGGAAUCUGCAAUAUCUUUUUCCAUGGGAGACACUAAAAGAAAACCCUGGAUCAGAAUGAUCUGCAGUUUCAGAUAAUAAAGGCUUUUAAGAGACAUUUUUAGAAUUAAAAAUAUACUAAUUUUAUUAAAUGAAAAUAUUUGUUAACUGUUACUUUCUCACUGACAAAGCAAGUUUCUCAAUAAAAUACCUAUUUUAACUUGCA